CCGCGGGAAUAUUUUUAAAACAUGGCGACGAAGAGAAUGUUUUACGUUACUGCAUCGAACCAAAAUGUUGGCAGAAAGAAAAACAGGCGUCCUCUUGCACAAGGACGUUUGGUUACAUCUCCCACACCACAAGAAGCAAAUUUACCUCAUCUGCAGCAAGGUAUAGUUCAUGACACUUUUCACCACCAGUCUGUGGCUGUAGAUGAUCUAAAUGCCACACCUCGCAGGACUAUACCACAUGCAACAGAACAUCAGUCUCCUAGACCUAGUCCUCCUGCAGAAAAACUAGAUCUUUCUGAUAGUGAGGAAGAUUUUGUCACUCAGGUGGACCAUGGAGAGUUCCAACACUUGCCUCAUUCGCAACCCGAAGUACAUCAUGUACCUCAUGUUGUAGUGCUAGAUGCCUCUGCAGCAUGCGCAUCUCCAAACCAGGUUGAAGUUGAGUGUGUCCUUGGCUACGAGAGGACUCCUGUUCAAGUUAUAUGUCACAAUCAACAAUCCUUCAGCAAACAGAGCCUUUCAAACAUUGAUGAAAAGAAGGAUUCAGCCAUUGGAAAGUCCAGGUCACUCCAGUACCUAGAGUGGGAAAUAAGCAUGCUUCUGUAAGAACACAGCCUGUUAUCUCACCUCUUAGAGGAAAUGACAAAAGAGUGCCAGGAAGCACAGAAAGUUUACAGCAAGAAGGUAUGAAAUCAAGUGAAGAGAUUGAUACGAUGGUUUCCCGAAUCACAAGACAAGAAAAUACAGGCUCUGCCAAGAAAGUACAUGUCCCUCAUCUGGAGCAGCCAAUGUC